AUGAACGCUUUGGGGUUGAGCAUGAUAGUAAAGAUGGGCUGCAUCUGUUCAAGGGAGUCCAUAGACAUAAACGGUUCGAAAUAUGUGGUAAAAGAAAGACUUGGAGAAGGGGGGUUUUCGUGCGUAGAUUUAGUCGAGAAUACCUCCACAAAGAAGAGAUAUGCCUUAAAGAGGAUAACAUGCCACAGCCUUGAGGAUCAAAAAAUUGCCAUGCAAGAAAUAACGUACUAUAAGAAGCUGAGGCAUCCUAGUAUAAUAGAACUUAUAGAUUCCACGUUUAAAGGCUCGGCCGAUAUAGUUGUUCAAGCGACGUCCGAAGCUUUCCUUCUAUUGCCUUACUUUAAGCGAGGUACUUUACACGAUUACCUCACCCUACGUUCCUUCAACAAGAAUUAUCUGGACAUUAAAGAGGUUCUUAGGAUAUUCGGGGAAAUAUGCCAGGCAAUAAAGUUCCUGCACGAUUUCACGCCAGAUCCCAUCGCACAUCGUGACUUGAAGACGGCUAACGUUUGUCUGACGGAGAACUUGGACCCUGUUUUAAUGGACUUAGGUUCAUGUGCCCCUGCCAAAGUGCAGAUUUGUGGGGCGCAAGAUGCCCAGAAGCUGCAAGACAUAGCCGCGGAGCGAUGUUCUAUGACGUACAGGGCCCCCGAGCUGUUUCACGUGGAGAGUUACUGCGUUAUCGACCAACGAACUGACAUUUGGAGCUUAGGAUGCGUUCUGUAUGCAAUGUUGUACUUCAAGUCACCUUAUGACAUUGUUUACGAGCGAGGGGAUUCUGUGAACUUAGCUGUGAUAUCGGGAACGGUGCAUUUUCCGGAAGAAUAUCCGUAUAAUGAAGACGUCCACGAUCUAGUUCGCUUCAUGCUCAAAGUGGCUCCGUCAGAGAGGCCUUUUAUCGAUAACGUGAUCACGAAGACGACGGAUUUGAAGAACAAACUUGAUACGGUAGUUUAAGGUGUUAAAAAUGCGAUAAUCUAAGAAAAUAACGAGAAAUUUGCGAAUUGGCGGUAGUGUACAUAUAUAAGUGGUGCACUGCAUUGCUUUUUUUCUAAGUUACUGUAUUUUGAGCCAAAUGGUAGGGGAUAAUUUGCCGUCAAUUAGUCAAAAGCACAUACCUUGCAAAUAUAUCGAUAAGCUUCGAUAACUUUUUCUUUGGACGUCUUUUUAAUGAUUGUAGACCAGUUUCCAAAUGUACGACGCUUUACUUAAAAUGUAUCAAAUCUGUCCAAUAGAGUUAAGACGCCAUUUUAUUUUUUAACGUACCUUUAUUUUACAAGUACAUAUUUAUUUAUUUUAAAAAAUAAGCUGUACCAGUGAGACUUUCAAGAACAAUCUUAUUUAAGUGCAAAUAUCUUUCUUUGUAUUUGAGUGUAUCAUGUGUUAACAUUUUGAGAAUAAAAAAGUGUACAAAU